AUGGCGGGGAAGAGUGAUUCGGUGUCGAUUUCGGUACCGUAUAGGAAUUUGAAGAAGGAUGUUGAAUUGGAGAUGGUGACGAAGCAUCAAAUCGAACAUGGUUCUUCUUCAUCUGAUUCUCCUUCGAAUUCGAAUCAUCCUGAUUCGGCUGAUGGUGAAACCGUGUCGAAGGAUUGUAGCUUACUCACGCUGGUUCUUAGUUGUACAGUCGCUGCUGGUGUUCAAUUUGGUUGGGCGUUGCAACUUUCUCUUCUAACUCCGUACAUUCAGACCCUUGGAAUAUCACAUGCGUUUUCUUCAUUUAUUUGGCUAUGCGGCCCAAUUACAGGCCUUGUGGUCCAGCCUUGUGUUGGCAUUUGGAGUGACAAAUGUACUUCAAAGUAUGGAAGAAGACGGCCAUUUAUUCUCGUGGGAUCUCUCAUGAUCUCAAUAGCAGUGAUAAUAAUCGGGUUUUCUGCAGACAUUGGGUAUCUGUUAGGAGAUACAAAGGAACAUUGCAGUACUUUCAAAGGCACACGGACCAGGGCAGCUUUUGUUUUUAUCAUUGGGUUUUGGUUGUUGGAUCUAGCAAACAACACAGUACAGGGACCUGCUCGUGCUCUUCUAGCUGAUCUAUCAGGUCCUGAUCAGCGGAAUACUGCAAAUGCUGUGUUCUGCUUGUGGAUGGCUAUUGGGAAUAUCCUUGGAUUUUCUGCCGGUGCGAGCGGACAUUGGCAAGAAUGGUUCCCUUUCCUAACUAGUAGAGCAUGUUGUGCUGCAUGUGGAAAUCUGAAAGCAGCGUUUCUUCUUGCAGUGGUCUUUCUCACUAUAUGUACUCUUGUCACAAUCUAUUAUGCUAAAGAGAUUCCUUUGACAAGCAAUAAGCCCACCCGCAUACCCGAUUCUGCACCUUUGUUGGAUGAUCUCCAGCCUAACGGCCUUGAGCACUCAAAAUCAAAUCAUGGUACUGCCAACGGGAUCAAGUAUGAGAGAGUGGAACGUGAUGUGGAUGUACAGCUUGGCAAGUCAAAGAAUGAGCAUCAAGAUGAGACCUUCGUUGAUGGCCCCGGAUCUGUUUUAGUGAAUUUGCUAACCAGUUUAAGGCAUUUGCCACCUGCUAUGCACUCAGUUCUGAUCGUUAUGGCUCUUACAUGGUUAUCGUGGUUCCCCUUCUUUCUGUUUGAUACAGAUUGGAUGGGAAGAGAAGUUUACCAUGGGAAUCCAAAUGGAGAUAGUUUGCUUGUGGAACUCUAUAGUCAAGGUGUCCGGGAAGGUGCAUUUGGUUUGCUACUAAACUCUGUUGUUCUUGGGAUCAGCUCAUUCUUCAUUGAACCAAUGUGUCAGCGUAUGGGUGCUCGAGUUGUAUGGGCUCUGAGCAAUUUUAUCGUAUUUGCCUGUAUGGCUGGAACAGCUAUCAUUAGCUUCAUGUCUCUAAGGGGUUCUAAAAAUAUCGAACACAUAAUAGAUGGUGAUGAAACAACAAGAACCGCAGCCGUAGUCGUCUUUGCACUCCUUGGUUUUCCACUAGCUAUCACAUACAGUGUCCCUUUCUCUGUCACAGCAGAAGUCACUGCUGAUUCUGGUGGCGGUCAAGGUUUGGCUAUUGGAGUGUUAAACCUCGCAAUCGUUAUUCCUCAGAUGAUAGUAUCUCUUGGAGCGGGUCCGUGGGAUGAAUUGUUUGGAGGAGGAAACUCACCGGCGUUUGUUUUGGCGUCUGUUGCUGCUUUUGCUGCCGGAGUUAUUGCCUUGCGUACGCUUCCGACACUAUCCAGUUCUUUCAAGUCCACCGGUUUCCAUAUCGGGUAA